ACCCUUCUCCAUUUUCCACAUCAUCAUCACAUUCUUCUUCUUCUUUCUUAUUCUCACUCUCUCUCUCUCUCCAUUUCUCACUUUCUCUCACUAAAACAAAUAAUAAGAAUCUCAGGUUCACCAAGCUCUGCCAUUUUCGAAUAAGGAAAAAAUAAAAAGCCAUGGCUGGCGACCAAUUACAAGUACUUACAGCUCUUGAUGUAGCCAAAACUCAAUGGUACCAUUUCACGGCCAUACUCAUCGCCGGAAUGGGAUUCUUCACCGAUGCAUACGACCUCUUUUGCAUAUCACUCGUUACUAAACUCCUUGGCCGUUUAUACUACCACCAACAAGGCUCACCAGACCCCGGAAAGCUUCCCUCGCAUGUCUCGGCCGCUGUUAACGGUGUUGCUUUCGUUGGAACGCUCUCCGGCCAACUUUUCUUCGGGUGGCUCGGCGACAAACUAGGCCGAAAGAAGGUUUAUGGCAUGACUCUUAUGAUAAUGGUUCUUUGCUCCAUUGCCUCGGGUUUGUCCUUUGGUAAAAAUCCAACUUCAGUCAUGGCCACUCUUUGCUUCUUUAGAUUUUGGUUAGGGUUUGGUAUUGGCGGCGAUUACCCUCUCUCCGCCACCAUCAUGUCUGAGUAUGCAAACAAAAAGACUCGUGGAGCUUUCAUAGCCGCGGUAUUUGCCAUGCAAGGGUUCGGGAUUUUGACCGGUGGGAUGGUGGCGAUUGUCGUUUCUUCCAUCUUCAAAGCUCGGUUUCCUGCCCCGGCUUAUGAGAUCGACGCAAUUGCUUCGACUGUGCCCGAGGCUGACUAUGCAUGGCGUGUAAUUCUCAUGUUUGGCGCUCUACCAGCUUUGUUAACUUACUAUUGGCGUAUGAAAAUGCCCGAAACUGCUCGAUACACGGCUUUAGUAGCGAAAAACGCGAAACAAGCAGCCUCAGACAUGUCCAAGGUUCUUCAAGUUGAAGUGGAAGCUGAGGAAGAGAAAGUUGAGGAGUUAGCUCAAAAUGAAGAGACCAAAUUCGGGUUGUUUUCGAAAGCUUUUCUUAGACGACAUGGUUUACAUUUGCUUGGAACAACAAGUACUUGGUUCUUAUUAGACAUAGCUUUCUACAGCCAAAAUCUAUUCCAAAAAGACAUUUUUAGCGCCAUUGGUUGGAUCCCAAAAGCAAAAACAAUGAGUGCACUUGAAGAAGUUUACAAAAUCGGCAAAGCUCAAACCCUAAUAGCCCUUUUUUCAACCGUUCCCGGUUAUUGGUUCACAGUGGCUUUCAUAGACAGAAUUGGUAGGUUUUCAAUUCAAUUAAUGGGAUUUUUUUUCAUGACGGUGUUCAUGUUUGCGUUAGCUAUUCCUUACCACCAUUGGACAUUGAAAGAAAACAGAAUUGGCUUUGUUGUCAUCUACUCACUCACUUUCUUUUUCGCCAAUUUCGGCCCCAACUCUACUACUUUUGUAGUCCCGGCUGAAAUUUUUCCAGCGCGGCUGAGGUCCACGUGUCAUGGCAUAUCAGCCGCAGCUGGAAAGGCCGGGGCUAUAAUUGGAGCCUUCGGGUUUCAGUAUGCGGAACAAGGGAUUGGAGUAAGGAAUACUUUGAUAAUUCUUGGUGUGGUUAACUUUUUUGGAAUGAUUUUCACUUUCUUGGUGCCUGAAUCUAAUGGAAAGUCUUUGGAAGAAAUGUCUGGAGAAAAUGAAGCUGAUGAAGAAAAUGGUGGUGAUGAAGUUAGAGAGUCAAGACAUGAGUAGAAGUGAAAGCUUUGGAUUGUACUGUGUUGUGUGAUAUGAAAAAGCUCUCACUAUCUUUUUUUUUUUUUGCUAAUUAGUAUUAAUUAUUGUCACUAUUUCCUUUUGGUCAUAUAUAUUAGAACAAUUAAA